UAUGUACAUACAUACAACUUGAUACAACAUACGUACAUCAAUAUAGCCAAUGUAUAAUAUGAAAGUUCAUGGCUCACCAAUCGGUAUGCCAAAAGUGUAUUGCUAUAUACACUGACAUAAAAUUUAAUUUGAAUCUAAAUACAUCUCAACGUGUGCUACAUUUCGAUUUCGUAUCAGCAAAACAUGGCGACCGGGUCUGCCUCAAACUUUAAAGAUGACGAUUUGAUGGAUGUUGAUGAUUCCCAAAUGGUAAAAAUAAUGCCAUCAGUGGACGACUUACGGAAAAAAUUUGAAGCAGGGGGUGGUGAUGAGACGGGAUCGCAAAGGAGGAAUCAAGAAAUUUCUCAAGCUCCUGCGGAUGUUAUUAAACCUCAGCCGUCCAGUGCAUUAAUCGAAAAAAGGUCUUCCAUCGACUUCAAAAAUGACGACAGCGACAAUGAAUUCUACUACAUUUCUGAAGACGAAGAUGAGACAGACGCUAAUUCAUCAAAACGACUUCAAAAUGGUGUUGCCUUACAAGAAUCUUCCAACUCGACCCCUUUGUACCCAGCAGUGAAACCUGGUUCAUCGUCUUAUGCCUCCGUUGCCUCUAUAUCAUCUUCACAAAAAGGCGCAGUCGCUGCCAGUGCUCAUUCGAAUCCUGCCCACAUUCCUAAAAUACCCUUGCGAAUUCCCAACCCAGCAAAAGAGUUAGGUGAACUUGGUCGAUUUGUUGAAGUUGACGUUAAUUCUGCGACUUGGAAAACUUUGGCGUUAUAUGCGACAAACAGCUUUCAACAAUCUGGUUCAAAGUUGGGGGUUGAAGUUCAGAAAGUUUAUCGAAUGGAACCCACCAAACCUUCCAUUUCCAAAGCGUUCAAAAAUCUGACCACAAAAUUAGCUUCAAACAGCAAUUUUGAGAUGAUACUUUGGGUAAAAACAACUUCGGACUCGAUUCGAAAACUUGCUCAGUCGCAGAAUUCUUGUACUGCAUUCUAUGACAGAUUGAGCCGGGCACUUCCUCUCCAAUUCGGUCAGACAACAGAAAACUGGCGUCAGUUAAUUUUAUUAUGCAAGGUGGAUCUUGGAAAGAUGCACAAAUCACCACAAGGCUAUUCCCGGUGGUCCACUGAAACAAGGUCACCUUAUGGGACAGAUUCUGUCAAAGGAAUGGGAAAACACAAGCCAAAUUGGCAUCAAAAUCGUAAAAUUGAUAAUGCAAUCGUCCCAUGUGGUGAAACAGAGAAGGAAACUCGCUUUCAAAAGUUUGAGCUCGAGUUUAAUGAAUACUUAGUGUAUCAAAGCAAACAAAUUGAAGUUCAGUUUGCCGUCGAUAUUGAAAUAUCCCAUUAGAAAUAAUUGUAACGAAAACUCAUCGUUUCGAUGCAUACACAAAUAUAUGAUUUAUUGCACACAUUUUGAUUAAAAUGACUGAUUAAAAAUUCU